AUGAACUUAAUAUUAAUACAAUCUUUGAGAAGGUAUUAAAACCACGAUGGAUUUUGCAACCUAAUGAAAUUCAGAAAUUCAAGAUUCGAUAUCAACCUGAAGAAGUGGGAACUCACCGACAAACAUAUGCAUUAUCCGUCCUUGAUGGCAAUGAAAUUACUUAUGAUAUAAAUGUUUCUGUCGUCGCAGAUGUCCCAAGAUUAGACAUGAGCCCAAAUACUAUUUUUUCAAAAAUCAAAGAAACAAAAGUAAACAAUAUAAUUGAUCCCACAUACUUUUCUGAUGUUGAUAUCUUCGACUUUGGAUCAUUAUUGGUGCAUCAAAAGGAUAAAAGAUCCCCAAUCGAAAUAUUCUGGCAAUUGGAGUCUAAUGAACCAUUAGAUCCUCAAAUCUCAAUUACACCGACUAAAGGAAUUAUCAAGACUUACAGUGAUAAAACAGUCGAAUUUUGUUAUCACGCCAACAAAAUCGGAAUGGUUGAAGAAAGCUUGACUUUUAAAGUUUUCUUUUACGAAGACGACACAGAACCUAUUUUUAUAGAAACUAUUACUUUAUUCGGCGAAACGUAUGACGUUGCUGUUGACAUCAAUUAUGCAAAUCCAAUUGAUUUAAAAUGCGUGAAGGUUGGUUUUCCUACGAGCGCAAAUUUUACAAUGAGCAAUCGAGGAAAUCACGAAGUUAAAUAUGCAAAGACACAAGAAUUUACCACUAUGUUAAAAAUUGGUCCCUUUACUGUGACAAAAACCGAAGGAAACCUUCAGCCUGGAGAGAUCGAUAUCGUGGCAAUCGAGUGUUAUCCUGAAUUCGUAGGUUCUGAAGAAGAAGACAUAAUAAUUCUUGUUCCUGAUAGCGUUCCCGAAGAUAGGAAUGGCAAAUUGAUAAAAUUAUCCGUUAAUUCCUGCAUACCAAGCAUCGAUCUUCAAGAUCUCGACACUAUAUUCCAUGAAAAUCACAUUGUGAAUUACAUUGAAGACUUUAUUUGUUCAAAAGAAAUCGGUACACAUACCAUAUUCGCACGUCAAGAGAAAUGCCUGUACUUUCGUUACGUCAGCGUGUUUCAUACCCAUACUGCAUAUCUUGUGCUUUACAAUCGGAAUGUAAUCCCUGCCGAUGUGGAAUUGACCUUACUCGCGGAUUCAUUUACACCGAAAACUAUGAGAUCUGAUACUUUCGUUCUGAUACCCGAAAGAGAACGCAUUCAACCAAUGAGUCACAAGAGAUUCGCGAUUUCAUUCAAUCCGACAUUUAUAGAGACGUGUUAUGCAAUCUUCAAUGUAGCAGUCGAACUUCCCACGCAUUUGAAGGAUGAAAAAUUUUUCAUUAAAUUAGUAGGACAAGCUUGCAUGCCAGAAGUGAUAAUCAUUGAACCACCGAGCACAAAACGAGAACGAACUGUUUUAAAUUUUGGUCGUACACUUACGCGUCUCGAAUGUACAGUCUGUUCAAUUGAGCUCGCCAAUACCGUGAAAGAAUCAUCCUGGGACGAUCGAGAGACAGAAGUACGGUGGGUAACAAUAAAUUUCGAUGCUAAGGAGCCAAAUGCGAAAAUAGCUAAAAAAACAGUUGAGCCUGUUAACGAACCGAAACAUGAAAUCGUUCCUGGUACGACGAAGUGCAUCCAAGUGUUAUUUAACGCCAUCGUAGCAUUCUCCAAAUAUUCUUGCUCCGUUAAAGAGAUCAAUUUCAAGAACACACUAAUAUUUCAGACUAGCGAACACUCGUUUAUUUUUGCAAACACUGGUGCCGUCGACGUCGAAUAUACAUGGCAGAUAAACAUGGACGAGCAGUAUCCAGUGAGAUCGAUCGCAAAUUAUUCACGAGCCACAUCAAGAUCACGAAAGGACAAUGUUCGAUUUAAAGCUAACUCAUUAACGUCUCACAAACUACCUCAUCAACGACACAAUCCAAGUUUCGACAAGAGCGUAAAAUCGAAUCGUCGACAGCUUCUGUCAUCUCGAGACAAUUUUAUCGAGGUGAAACCAACUGCUCGCUGUAGUCCAUCCGAUCUCUUCAGCAGCAGUGCCGGAUUAACGGAACGAAGUAGUGAUAGCUGGUUAGAGAGCGACGAUUUACCAUUUGAAAUUUAUCCCGAGAAGGGAAUUCUACCCCCGGGUAAAUCUGUGGAAUGCGUCUUGAGAUUCUCUCCCAUGGACGUAUUCGAUUACAAAGCGUAUCUUACGUGCAAAAUGGAGAAUCUCGAGCUACCAGAGUUGAUUAUUCCCAUCGUGGGAAGAAGUUUGUUGCCAUACUGCCACUUCGACAUACCGGAAAGCGACUAUCUGUCCAGCGAUAGACGCGACAUGAAACUGCCUGGACCCAUCGGUUACCAACCGGAUGAUAAUUCUCUUCCGGAGGGCACGAGAGUGAUUGAGCUCGACGUGAUCGGAAUCAGCGGAUCUCACAUAAAAAAAUUCCGAAUGAUAAAUCCGACAUCAGAUGAUUAUCAUUUCAUCUGGGAGGAUCGUACUCGUCACGUCGAAGACGAGAUUCCAAAAUUUCAUUGUGCACCUCCGGAAGGAAUCGCUGAGCGAGGAAAACAAGUCGACUUCGCAUUUACGUUUCUCGCGGAGAAUAUCGGCAUUUUCGAAUCCUUUUGGUUGUUCCGUGUUGAAAAAUACAAUCUGGAGUAUCUCUUUCUAUUCGUCGCGACGGUCAGAAAACCAUCAAUUUGUUGUUCUCAUGUCCAUUUAAAAAUGAGACCAACCGUAAUGGGCAUCAAUGUGCGAGAAUCGAUAAGCAUAAUCAAUAAAGAGGAAUUUCAGAUUCCCUUUCAGAUCACGCGGGACUCUUUAUAUUCUGAAGGACGUCUUCAAUAUUUGAAAAUAACGCCUAUAAGUGGCAUUUUGCCUGCAAAAGGCGAACAAAUAUUUUGGGUCGAAUAUCAACCUACACUUGUCGGCAAAUUUCAAUUUUCUGUAAAAUGCAUUAUAAAAAGAAUGAAGGCACCAUUGACUAUAUUUGUUACAACGACAACAUACGAUAUUAUCGUUUCGGUUACAUAUGUCGAUAAAAACGGCCAGAUAGUUCAAUUAAAUCAAGAUAAAGAGAAUAUUAUCGACUGUGGAAAAUUAUUGUUAAAAGCGCCUGUUACUAUCGUGUUUGAAAUAAUAAACUCGAGUAAAAUGACGCUUUAUUAUUCUUGGGAUCUCGGAAUGACAUCAGAAAUAAUUAGCAGAAAUAUAUACACGAUUGCAAUGCCUCAAAAGCAGGACCAUGUGCUUAGCAAGUCGCGUUCCAUCUGUUCUCUCAUUGUUACAGCAUCACAAAAGACGGUGAUAAAGAAUCAUCCCAUUCUCUUGAAGAUUUCCAGAGGACCGACCUACCGACUAAUCUUAAAAGCGACGGCAAACAAAUCAAUUCUAGAGUUUAGUUUUAAUUAUUACGACUUUGGACCUUGCUACAUUCGAGAUGUUUCUGAGACUCCUUAUCAUGUCGAUUUGCGCAUUACGAAUUCAGAUGAUGUUUCAUACAUACUGGAGUGCAAGUUUGAAGAGAAACCACACAUCUCUGUAAAUCUGAACGCUCUUUCAGAGACAAUAGUCGCUCGAUCAAGUAUUGUCAUUCCGAUAACAUUUCGACCUUUGAAACAGGUGCACUAUUGCGAUGAUUUACAUUUUAUAAUCAAUUCGACGAUCGAAAAAAAGAUUACUAUAACUGGCGAAGGAAUUAUAUAUAAGAUUCAUUUAGUAAAUCCACGCGACAAAUCGGUGGAUCUUGGUAGUCUGCCGAUUAACAAAACAACAAGCAGAAAAGUGCCAGUGAUCAACGAUGGACGUGCUGCGCUCGAAUUAAAGUUCGAUCUCAUGAAGAAUCUACCUGGAUAUGAUGCAUUCCACGAAAGAAUUCAAAAUUGUCCGUUGAUCAAUCAGGAGAACUCCAAAAUGGAUCGCACUCGAGCAUCGAUAACUGAAACGAAACGUUCGAAUACCCUUGACGAAACUCUGCAGACGGAACCUAAUCUGUCUCAAGUUCUGGAGAUCGAGCCGGCAGAAUCGAUCGUACUUCAGCCAGGGAAAAUCGCGAAAGUUGUUGUAAAGUACAAACCUAUUCGCAGGAUGCAUCCUUUUAUCGUUAAGGUGGCUUUUCAAACCAAUUCUACGAUCCAACCGUUAUUUAUCUUGCGCGGAAGCUGUAUAGGCGCGGAAUUCCGUUUGAACAGGACUUAUGUGCCUUUCGGUAUCGUUGUUCAAGGUUGUCUCAGCGAAGCAAAGAUAGUGCUAUUGAAUACGGGAGAUAUUGGUGCCAGAUUCAAGUGGAACACGUUGAAAUUGCCCAAAGACUUUAACAUCGCUCCUGCAACUGGCUAUUGCUCUCCUGGUAUGGACGUCAACUUCGUUGUCAGUUUCCAACCCACUCGGCAUGAUAGUUUGAUCGAGGGCAAUGCAACGCUUAAGAUUGAAAAAUAUAGAGAUCUCGACUUAAGAAUUACUGGAGCUAGCUGCAAACUGCCUGAUCCGAUCGACACUCUGUUCUUCUCGUGUCGCGUUCGCGAGAAAAUAAUGAGGUCUUUGAACGUCGAAAACAUCGCAACUUUGAAACCAGAGAUCACCGGCGAAUAUUUUUUCAUCGACGAGGUCUCAUACGAUCCUUCGAAAAAAUCUGCUAUCUGUACAGUCACCUAUGCCCCUCUAGUCAUGAAUAGCGAGAGCAAUCUUCACGAAGGUACAUUGCUUCUAAAACUGCCGGAUGACAAAGCUCCUUUAGUGUACUGUCUUCGAGGGCUUAGUCUACCUCCACAAGUUCUCCAAAGGAUUACACGUCAAUUUCCGGCAAAGACAAAAUACAUUGAAUUGUUACCUGGUUACAAUUGGCUCAGUAGGCAACAACGAUUUGAAUGCCAAAUUGAGAAUAUGAACGGCAAAGAGCCCAUCGAGAAUGUCGAAAUGUUCACUUUUGUCGGCAACAGCAAGUUAGACAUUCCAGCAAACGGCCAACGAGAUUAUCGCGCAGAGUUUUAUUUCUACAAAGAGUCAAAAUAUAAUUUUAUGGUAACGUUCACUAACGAAGAGGGCGAAUAUCAAUUUUACGAACUCCAGUAUGAUAUUACAAGACCACAAAAGAUUGAAUCGAUCAAACUGAUCACUGUAGUACGAUCUCCGGUGUGCCAUGCUUUAAAACUUGAUAAUCCACUUAAGAAGAAAGACGUAACAUAUACGGCAAAAUGUCAGCAUUCCUGCAUCACGAUUCACGAUGUACCAAAGCUCGUAGCACCAUUGUGCAGCGAAAUUAUCAGAAUCAAGUACCACCCUUUACAUCCCGCCGAGGAAAUUACGGUAGCCUUGGACGUCAACUGCGAGGAGCUCGGAUUGUUUCCCUAUGAGCUACGAUUGCGAGCGAUACCAGCAUCACCAGAGAAAACGACGCGUGUUGAUGCGACGCUCGGUAGUUCCGUUACCUUUUCCCUGAACGUAAUUAAUCACGCCGAGAACACUGCAAUAUUCACUAUCAAGGUGAAUAAUGAAUGCUUUACGACUGCGAAGGACAUCGAGGUGCCGGCAUUGAAAAGUACAUCAUUCGACGUAACUUACGAACCCUGCGACGUCGAAAAUGUCUCUGCUACUUUGACAGCCACAUCUGAGAUUGCCGGCGAAUUUGUAAAGAUAGUUACCAGGUUCCACCCCAUCCACGGUGAGAACAUCCUCCUGUGCGAAGACAGUACAGUCGCGGUACGGACUACGAGCUUUGCCAAUUCGGUGGCCUUCAGCGAGAAGCCGUUGCAGCCUGGGGAGAUCUUCCUCGUGGAGAUCGAGAAGACGGAGAGAGGAUGGAGCGGACACAUGCGGCUGGGUCUCACUUUGAUCGAUCCAGCUUCGGUUAACAACAACCUGCCUCAAUAUGCAAUGCCCAAUCUGGUUAGAUUAGGCAACACGUGGAUCCUCGCUAUAACUAGAAAUCAAACUAUCUGGGAUAAUUUUGACGGUGGUCUAUCUUCCACAUACACUUCUAUUACAGGACUACCACCAGGAAUACCAGCCAGAGAGAAGAAAUUGGUAACAGAUGGAGUCAACGUGCAAACGUCACGCGGUGUUAUUCCUUUUAAUGCUCUAAAACCAAAUAUAGAUGGUUCUUCUCAAUGCAUCCUGCCUACAGACGCGGGUAGUCGUAUUGGUAUCAUGUAUGUGCCACAGGCCGGUUGCCCUGAUAAAGCAGAAAUGCAUUUCAUCAUCAACGGUGAGGAUCAGGGUGUAUGCGGCAAGGAUAUUCCUUAUAAAGCAGGACCUUUGCGUGCAGUAGUGGAUGUCUACGGUACCACGAAACAAGUUCGAAUAGUUCAACUGUAUGGAGUAUCAACACUACAGAGUGCAUGCCGUGACGCUAUAUUGCAAUACACCAAGAGAAACGCAGUCAAUCUGCUCCCUUUGCCGAGACUACUGAAGGACUAUCUCUUAUAUCAAUCACAGUGAGAAUCAGCUCAUUCCGCUUUUGCAUAUGUUAGGAAAUAUUAUCUAUCAAUUUCUAUAUCUUUUCCCAGUGAUAUCUUCAGUGUUUAUAUAUGCGUAACAUAUAUGUUCUAUUCAUUAUUGAAGACUGCCGAAUCAUAUCGAUUCAAAACGUUGGUGCGAAUAUAUUCGUUUCUAUAAACAUAUCUUUUCGAAAUGUAUAUGGUAGAAAUGAUUGACUAUGUUUAAUAAUGAAGAAUUCUUUUUACUUGCGCGUUUUGAAGAUUUUUCUGGGGCAGAAAGGUUAAAUUAUAACAUGUAUAUAGUGUAACGAAAUGUUAAUCGCUGCAAAAUCGAAAAAUUCAGCGAGAUCAUAUUGAAAGUUUAAAUAUACAUAACUAUCAUUUGGAAAUGACCAUAUAUGAGGCAUAACAAUGCUACAUAUAAAAGUUAGAUAUAUUUUCAGGCAGUUAGUUUUAUUCUACUUAUAUUUCCUGGUUUCUCUAUUUAUUAUGAGAUAUGUAGAUUAAGUUGCAAUUGGCACUGUUGUUAAACAAACAAAAACGAACAAUGUUAGUAUAAAUGUCCAAAGCAAACUUGUUUUACAAAAUAAAGGUAUUUAUAAGAAGAAUACAGAAAACUAUAUCGAUAUCAGA